GAGAGAGAGGAAAAAAAGUUUAGCCAAAGACUCCGAGAAACGCGGAGCGAAGCGGAGGCACGAGACCCCCCCUCCCACCGCGCCUCCCCCCCCCACUCCCACAGCGGUGUCAGGUCACUAGAAAAGGAACAUGGCUCAAGAAACCAACCAUAGCCAAGUGCCUAUGCUUUGUUCCACUGGAUGCGGAUUUUAUGGAAACCCUCGUACAAACGGCAUGUGUUCAGUAUGCUAUAAAGAACAUCUUCAACGGCAGAAUGGUAGUAAUGGUAGAAUUAGCCCAUCAGCAACUUCUGUUAAUAGCCUAGCUGAAUCUUUACCAGUUCAAUGCACUGAAGGCACCAUCCAGGACGCUCCAUCAACACUAGACUCGACAACUGUACCACCUAUGCAACCAAGCCCUGUCUCAAGCCCAUCGUCACUCUUAGCGGAAUCCGUAGCAACGUGCGAAGUGGAAUGUACAGACGUAGUGGAUAAAACAGGACCUGAACGAGAAGAUGUGCAAGAACCAACAUCAGUGGAUCUUGCCGAGACAAUUUCAAUAGACAGUACCGGAGAGGAAUUGUCGAUGGAUAACUCAGAUUUACCUGACACUACCAGGGGCUCAGAAACAGUGUGUGAUUAUGACGCAAGCGUAGAAAAUAAUAUAGACGAUCCCGAUUUCCCGGAUGAGAGCGCGAGAGUCAAAACGAAGAGGCACGAUACAGAUUUAACACUAAACACAGUAGUAGCCUCAGCAUCAGAUAGUGCAGAACCUUCCUCUGAAGAACAAGACAAGUCGCUCGACAAACCAAAACAGAAAAAAACCCGCUGCUUCAUGUGCCGGAAGAAAGUUGGUCUCACUGGGUUUGAGUGCAGAUGCGGGAACGUUUACUGUGGCGUACACCGCUACUCAGAUGUCCACAGUUGCUCUUACAAUUACAAAGCCGAUGCCGCUGAGAAAAUCAGAAAAGAGAAUCCGGUGGUCGUUGGGGAAAAGAUCCAGAAGAUUUGAACUGCUACUCUUGCUGGAAUAUUAAACAAAACACAAAAAAAAACAAAAUUGACCAUCUGCAGAUGAAAUUGACUUGAGCUUCUUCCCUUCCCCUCCUGUACCCCUUUUCCUCCUCCUCCUCCUCCUCCUCUUAGUCAUCCGGAACGUAGGGAUGUGUAUCCCGAAUCAUGCAUGUCAUCUGAAAACAUAGAUUUCCACCCACCACCCCUUUUAGAACAUGAUCGAACACUUACUUUUUGCAGUAAUCCGCUCCCUCCCGGCCUCCUACAGCUGAAGAGUGAAAUAAACUUUUUACACUUUUGUGAGAUUCACUAUGAGGCCUUUGGGGCCUGUUGAAUGAAUACCAUGGCUAUACAAGUAUUAUCCUUUAAAAAUAUUUUUUAAUUUUAGUUGAGUGCAGAGGGCUUUUUAUAAUACCAACACAGAGAUAUAUUGGAGAUCAUUGGCGCUUCUCCCCGCCAGUACUAAACAUGCAUGCAUUAACCUGGCCAUUUUCCUUUUCUGUUUUGUAUAUAGCUUUUUUUUUUUCUUUUUCUGCAGCACGAUUUCCUCUUUUUUCCUUUUUUUUUUUUUCCUUUUUUUUUUUUUUUUUGAUAACGGCACAACUAGCGAUCAGUAACUGAAUGUAUUUUAAUCAUUAUGGCUGCUUGGGUUUUUUUGUUUUGUUUUCCCAUUAACAAAGGUUUAUACAUAUGUUAGCAUAAUAGCUUGUUUGCACCCACUACCUAUUUAUGUAUGAAUCAUUUGCAAUGAGUGUGUGUGUGUGUGUGUGCGCGUGUAUGUUGCGACCGCUGAGAUUCUGAAGUUUGUGUGGGUUUUUUUUCCCUUUCCUUUUCAAAGAUAACUUCUAGGAUUUUCUUUUUCCCUGUGUGAGUGUUGAGGGAUUUUCUGUCUGCAUUUGAUUGGAAACUGCGGAUUUCCUUGGGGUUUAUGUUAUUGGGUCCUUUCUGUACACCAAUAUGAAGAAUGAUAAAGUUUUAACUGUAUUGUAUUUAUGUUCAUUCACAUCUUUAACUUUGAUUAAAAUAAAAUUUUUAAAAAUUGGG